UUCAUCUUCUUCAACACCUCUCUUCGAUCUGCUUUCAAUUCAAUCUCACUUCACCAUCUCCAGUUAUGGCAGGUCUGUUACCCGAAGGUUCUCAGUUUGAUGCUCGUCAAUAUGAUUCAAAAAUGAAUGAUUUGCUUUCGUCUGAUGGGCAAGAUUUUUUCACUUCGUAUGAUGAGGUUUACGAUAGUUUUGAUGCUAUGGGUUUGCAAGAAAACCUAUUGAGGGGAAUUUAUGCAUACGGAUUUGAAAAACCAUCUGCAAUUCAGCAGAGAGGAAUCGUUCCCUUCACCAAGGGUCUUGAUGUAAUUCAACAAGCUCAGUCUGGAACUGGGAAAACUGCAACUUUUUGCUCUGGUAUCCUUCAACAGCUAGAUUAUAACAUAAUCGAGUGCCAAGCUUUGGUUUUGGCACCUACUCGUGAACUUGCACAACAAAUAGAGAAAGUUAUGCGAGCACUUGGCGACUAUCUUGGUGUAAAGGUCCAUGCUUGUGUGGGUGGAACCAGCGUUCGUGAGGACCAGCGUAUCCUUUCAGCUGGAGUUCAUGUUGUUGUCGGCACUCCCGGCCGUGUCUUUGAUAUGCUGCGCAGACAAUCACUUCGUCCCGACUACAUUAACAUGUUUGUGCUCGAUGAGGCUGACGAAAUGCUUUCGCGAGGUUUCAAGGACCAGAUCUAUGAUAUAUUCCAGCUCCUCCCCACAAAGGUUCAAGUUGGAGUGUUCUCUGCAACCAUGCCUCCUGAAGCCCUUGAGAUCACAAGGAAGUUCAUGAACAAACCGGUGAGAAUUCUCGUGAAGCGCGAUGAGCUCACCCUUGAAGGUAUCAAACAAUUCUACGUCAACGUCGAAAAGGAGGAAUGGAAACUCGAAACACUCUGCGAUCUCUACGAAACUUUAGCCAUCACCCAAAGCGUCAUCUUCGUCAACACUCGACGGAAGGUCGAUUGGUUAACCGACAGGAUGCGUAGCCGAGACCACACCGUCUCGGCUACCCACGGUGACAUGGACCAGAACACGAGAGACAUCAUCAUGCGCGAAUUCCGUUCCGGGUCCUCUCGGGUUUUGAUCACCACCGAUCUUUUAGCCCGGGGGAUCGACGUCCAACAAGUUUCACUCGUGAUCAACUACGACCUUCCGACACAACCCGAGAACUACCUCCACCGAAUCGGACGUAGCGGGCGGUUCGGCCGGAAAGGUGUGGCUAUAAAUUUUGUGACCAGGGAUGAUGAAAGAAUGCUGUUUGAUAUUCAGAAGUUUUAUAAUGUGGUUGUGGAGGAGCUGCCAUCAAAUGUUGCUGAUCUUCUGUAA